AUGGAUCCGCAAUUUGGUCCAACCCCCGAAGACUUCUACCAUGUUCAGAUGGACGUCAAGCAUGUCCAAGCUGUACAGAUCAAUCAUGCUGAGCGGUUGUUAAGAUUGGAGAAGCGCCAGGCAGAUGAUGCUGCUCUUAAAUCCGUUUGGGGCAAUGGGUCUCCGUUCCCCAGCGUCUUGAGUGGCACUCCACAACAUGGCCCAGUUCAGAACCCCACCGCUGACGUCUUUGAUGACUUUGAUGAUGAACAGGGACAGAAUCUGCUUGGCAGCCUACACCUAGAAGCAGAGGAAGAACCAGUGAGACGUGGAGCAUCAAGAGCCAACAGUGUCCGGUUUGAUGUCAGUGCCAUACAGGGAUCGAAUUGGGCACAUGGAUCCAGAAAUUCGGGAGAUUUCGGCCCUGUGCGCCCCGGCAGCGGCAUUGGAAGCCAUCCUAUGACCGAGCGGUCAUUGUCACAUAAAUCUGACGGCAGGCAUAGCUCGGCGGGCCACUCUGUUCAUUCUAUGCAUUCCAAUCCGUCCGGGCGAACGAGUAGCCUUGGGCUGGAUACUAAUUUUAUCAUCGGUGGCCAGGAUGGUGAUUCCCCGCUGGAUAUACCUGAUCCGCCUCCUGGACUAUUCAUACUCGGAACUGUACCUUCUAUAAUCAGAUGCUGGUUGACGACAAAUUUCUCACAUAAUGCGCUUCUGUAUGCUGAUGUCUGUUCCGGCUCUCAGCGAUCUAUGCUCGACUACAGCUUGCUUAGAGACCUUGGUUUAUCGGGCCAAAUCCAGAAGAACCCGAACGGCCGUCAUACUAUCAGACUCUCCGUGUACCUCCCUGAGGCGAUCAUAACCCAUCCUACGUCACGGUCGAACAGCCCAGCUCCCCAGCUUCCCACCCUCAGCGCAGACUUUGACGUUGUCAGCCAAACCCAGCGUGGUACUCAGGAUCGGAAGGAAGGCAUUCGCGUUUUCCUUGGUAGUGAUAUCCUCCGAGCCCAUAAUGCGGAUAUCUUAUUCUCCCAGAAUCUCAUGACGUUGUACGGGGAUGACCGAAAUAAGCUCUCCGUGCCAUUCGUUAGACCUGAGGAUGAGACCAUAUUCAAGAAUCUGUCUACCGCCAAUAUUCCGCCUGAGAGAAACGAACUGAAAGCAACCGCCCUUCCGUUUACCCCGACUGACUCGAAAGCCAAGGUCGAGGUGGCUACCGAUACUCCGCCUGCGCCAUCAACAAAUGGGAUCGAGCAUUUAAGCAAGGGCAAGCCACAUGGGCCAAUUCUAUCUUCAACGUCCACAGCAGAGCUGCAACCACCCUUGAACCCUAUUCCGACAUCUGAACCGAGCGCGUCUGAUCAAGCUUUUAAUGCAAAAGGCGUAGUAUCUAACUCAGCAAGCAGCCAUUCUGACUCUGGGAAGUCUCAGCCAACAGAAAGUGGAGAACCCGAAUCAUCGAACGCGAGAGCAUCUUCAGAUUCCACUCGACGAGAAUCCUCUGUUGGCAUAUGGGGCUCCUGGCGUCAAGGUUCAGUCAACGGUGGUGAAAAUGGGCGCGAGAUCGAAUCUACAAGCGGUUACCAGCGAGCGACCAGAGGGGGUGGUAGGAGCAUGAAGAUCUUAAAGCCGUCCUCCAAGCCCACCCCCUCCGCCAGCACAACACCUCGCUCGGUCUCGGGACCACGUACAGGCAGCGCCUACGACCCUGCACCACCACCACGCGCCUCUGCCGAGAUGCGGAGGAAAAGCCAGGCGGAAAACGUGCCGUUGAAAUGGGAACAGAAGAGAAUUAGUUCCGAGGAGCAGAAGCGUAUUACGACGGUUCCGAGAUCGGAGAAUCCGGUCGGAGGUGCAAGUGCGUUUGCGUGGAUGAAUCCGGGAAAUAAGUAA